UGAAUGAUGCUGAACAAUGAAACUACGGAACAAAAAGUAGGAACAAUUAUCAAAAGCAUUAAAAAUUCGAUUGAUGUUUUCAAAAAAGUUACAUGUUUGUUGGAAAACAGCGAGAAGGACUAUUUAUAUACCGACGACACAAAUUACAAACAUUUAUUUGAUGAUUGCAAGAAAGAACACACCAUAGCGUUGGCAAAUUUGGAGUCAUUAAAGUUGAUUCUCAACAAAAACAGUAUUGGCCAACGUAAAGAAAUUGACGAACUCAAGCAACUUUUCAACGGAUUUCAAAUCAUGAUUUCAGAAGUGGAAGUUGAACAAGCUGUCGUUUAUUACAUCAAAGAAAUUGAUUCAAAUUUUGAGAAAUUGUUAAAUGUGUUAAACGUCACCGAAUAAAAUUGUCAGUUUUUCG